CGCCUGCGGUGAAAGGGGGUGGGGGAGAAAAGAGAAGCUCUUCUGUUUUUAGGCGAUUCAUGCAACUCGGUGCAAACCGGACACCAAAGCUACGUUUGCAUUAAAUCGCCGUCAGAAGCAGAAAAACGGAAAUUGUUGAAGGUGGACUUGUGGACUUGUGCAAUGGCUGCUGAGCUGGACUUUUCACCUCCUGAAAUCCCAGAGCCUACGUUCAUGGAGAACAUCCUGCACUAUGGCCUCUUCUUUGGUGCCAUUUUCCAACUCAUCUGCGUACUGGCCAUUAUCCUUCCCAUUCCAAAGACACACAAAAUGGACACCGAAAACUAUGAGACAAAAACUUCAGAAGUGGUAAAGAAACCCAAAGCUGCCACAGCAUCAUUGAGCAAGAAACCCAAGAAAGAAACCAAGAAGAAGCGGUAAAACAGCUUAAUGAUGAAACUUUCAAGACAGGGUUACUAUCGACCAUUGAGACUACAUUGAUGAAGUACAACUUAAAUGUAACACAGUUUUGGGAAAGCUGUGCAUAUUCUUGUUUCUGGUCAAGAGGAAGUAUUUCCUAAAAUGGUUUGAAGAUUAUUGUUUCAUCUGAUCUGUUGUAAAUACAUGUAUGGUUUAUUGGACAUACCUACGUAGCAUGGAAGAUCUUAGCGAUUACUGGGGCCUGGAGGGAGCAGUUCAUCUCUUUUGUGAUGCUCAAGAUGCAAAAUGCAGGUCCCAUGAAAUGUGUUUUGGCCCCACAAAAUGCAUUUCUCCAUACUUCGAAAAGACAGAGGGAUCAUUCACUACAGCUCAUUUUGUGUGUCAUUGAUGAAAGGGAUCAGCUCCUACAGCUUCUUAUUUUGUAUGCCAUUGACGUGCUUAAUAUACCUGAUUUUAUAUCCGAAUGGGUGUGUUUUCACGUCGUUUUUUUAAAAAAGACUGCUGCUAAUUAUCUUCCUGUGAAUAUAGCUUCCCUUGGAUAAUUUGUUCUCAGCCAGAUUAACUGUCUUCCCUCUACUGUUCGUGCCUAAUUACAUGAGUAAGUCACCUUUGUCAUCCCUGCUUUGAGAUGUAUUUGAGCACUCUCUUUUUUAGGUUCAGGUGGGCUGAAUGAAUGGGAACUAUAACUCAUAUGCCGCGAAUGAUGAGUAGUAGUGAAAUCUCGCAGUAGAGGUAACUGUAGGGCAGUUCUAAAAUUUCCUCUAAUAUGCAGGUUUCAGUUCUGUUAAGUAACAUGGCCUUCGUCACUCCCUUUGAUAGCCAUACCGAGUUAUGAUGACAGUGUAGCCAAAAUGGAGCCACUGAGAAACAAAAGAUUGCUUGGGCAGCGUGCUUGGGCAAACCUAGGAAAAAACUCUAGAGGAGAGGACUCAGACCGCCAAACAACCUGCGGAACAGAGAAAGGGGAAGCAGAAAGGUGGGGAACAGGCUCCUGGAAGAAAAUAUGCCCUAUACUCCUUGCUGUUGUACACCUCCUCUGUCUAUGAGCACACAGGCCUUGUGGGCUGCUUUAUCCUUUUAAAAAUGUCAUCAUCUUA